AAUAAUCGAUAGUCGCAUUUAUGGUAUUUACAUAAGGUGAUACUGUUUGAAAGCUUUCUUUGAAAAUUUGAGCUAUUUUAAUUUCAGCGCUUUAAAUUGUUUUGCGUCAUGGCUUCAGGCUGCACGGAAGAUUUAAAGGACAUGUUAGAAGAAAAAAUUAAAGCAGUUCUUUCAUUUCUCAUGAAAGGAAAUGUCGAGGAGGCAUUAAAAUAUUACUCUGAUGACUGCGUGUAUUGUGCGCCAGGUCAAGCGGAGGCGAAAGGAAAGAAAGGAUUACUUGAGCAUUUAAAAGCAGAGUCCGAUUCCCUACAACAAGUAAAACGUGUAUCCGUUAGCGUUGAGCAGUUAUAUGACCAGGGAGACGUGGCGGUUACGAGAUUUAAUGUGGAAGGUUAUGGACUAGACGACUCCUUGCUUCCAACAUCUCGAGCGAUCUUUGUGUGGAAAAAGAUUGACGGGGACUACUUUGUUGAUAAUGGAGUUUCCAACAGACUGAAAUAGAACAGUUGGUAAUUGUAAAACAAAUGUUUGUCAAAGCGAUUGCAAGCCACACUCCACGUGAUUAAAAAAUGAGCCGAUAUCUAAA